AACUGUCAGGACUCUGCCGCGUUCAGCUCAACCUCAUCUGUCAUGGUAAAGCUCGCAUCAACAGCAAUUCAUGCAUUGAUCAAUGCUGAAUUUUGAUGAGUUAUCUUUAUCAGAAUUCUUUGCAGGACGCUCAGUCUGAUUUGGAGGUGAUCUUAGAGUUCCUGGAGGAGUACUACAGACAGAGCUCUGCAGACAACGAAAACUCAACUGAACAUUUGUCUUUUUCAUUUCCUCCAUCAAAGAUCACCAAAGCUACACCUGAGCCAUUCCUGGCACGCGACGCCCAUCCAGCCCUCGGCCAAAACCCGGCAGCGGCAGCACCUGAGGGUGGGUCACUGCCAAACUGUGCGUCGGCAAGACAAACAACCAAACGCCCGGCCACAGCAGCAGGGAGUGGUAAGAAGAUCAGACUCUUUCACUUUCUCUUCGAGAUGCUGGAGGAUCCCGGCAUGGCCCACUGCGUGUCCUGGGUGCCAGCGGCUGCCGGUGUCUUCCGCUUCUCCUCCAAGAACAAGGACCAGGUAGCGGUGCUGUGGGGCCAGAGGAAGGGCAACAAGAGGCCCAUGACCUACCAGAAGAUGUCCCGGGCCCUCAGGAACUAUGCCCGGUCCGGAGAGAUCUUCAAGGUGAAGAAGAAGCUCACCUACCAGUUCAGCCUGGACACCCUGACGUCUCUGCAGAGGUGUCGCCGAGGAGAUGUGUGAUGUACACAAGAUUGUGUAUCGCUCGGAUCCUCUCGUAUAAAACUCUA